AUCAUGUUCAAAUCGGGAUUUAGAUUACGUCAAUAGGAUAAGAAUACGUCGUCGGACAUACUCCUCGCCCUCGGCACACAUAAGUGAAUAUAGACGGGCCGAAAACGAAGCCUAAGCCCAAGGACCAGCGGUUGCCUCUCAAUUCUGCCCGCCGGGCGACCCGAAACCUGUUCGACGAACCUCCUCUCAGGGAAGCGACGCCUCCUCCUCAGUUUCUCAUGCACAUCAUCUGAGACUGCGUGAGUUGACGUUUCAGUUCUUUCACAGUACACUGCAGAUGGCGAUGUGGAGGCGCGUGGCUUCACUUUCCCCCUUGAUCCGUUCUUCUUCUUCCUGCAAGCUCGCCUUCCUUAACCAGGUCCUCACCUCACCUGCCUCUCUUCUUCCUCAGGUUGCAUACCGGUUGAACAUAUCUGAGUUAUUCACGACAGAGGUGAAUGAAUCUCCAUUGACAAAGAAAGACCUCUUCAUAAGUUUUGUCUUAGGUGGUCCAGGUAGUGGGAAGGGUACUCAAUGUGCAAAAAUUGUUGAAACCUUUGGACAUGUACAUCUAAGUGCAGGAGAACUGUUGAGGAGAGAGCUCAUUUCUAACAGUGAAUGCGCGGCUAUGAUUCUAAACACAAUCAAAGAAGGAAAAAUUGUCCCUUCUGAAGUGACGGUGAAGCUAAUCCAAAAAGAGAUGGAAUCAAUUGACAAUCAUAAGUUUCUUAUUGAUGGGUUCCCCAGGAAUGAGGAAAACCGCAAAGCAUUUGAGAAGAUUAUUAGAGCAGAUCCGGAUGUUGUACUUUUCUUUGAUUGCCCUGAGGAAGAGAUGGUGAAGCGAGUACUGAAUCGUAAUGAGGGCCGAGUUGAUGACAAUAAAGAAACAGUUAAGAAAAGGCUAGAGGUGUUUUAUGCAUCUCAUCUUCCCGUGAUUAACUAUUACUCACAGAAAGGAAAACUAUACAAGAUUGAAGCGGUGGGAACAGAAGACGAGAUUUUUGAGCGAGUGCGUCCUGUAUUUGCUGCAUUUGAGCAUGGCCCUAAAUGAUGGGUGCUGGCUGCAUUCAAGAAUUUAGGCCAACAAUAGGAAGGAAAAGAAGUGAGGUUCCUCUGCCAUUUUGUGCCAGCAAUAAGAGAUUUGUUGCUGAUCACCGGAUUUGUGCUUGUCAUGGAUCUGAAGAUUUCACUAGCCUCGUAAGUUUCGCAGCCCAGAGAGCCAACCGGAUGUAUCUUUAGCGGUCACCCCAUAUAUUCUACUAACCAGCGAUUCUGGAUAGAAGUUCCGAUGCUGUCUAAUCUGCAAUUUCUCAGUCCUGGGUACGCGGAUACCUCAAGAACCACUAUAUGUUGUUGUUUCUUCGUGUAAUUACUUUUGAGAUCGCACUUUUAACCGGUUUGCUACCUCCGUAAUGUAACUGGUCUUGUCUAUAUCGACAUAUGGUUUUGGAGUGACGAGGAGGAAUCAAACGGACAGUCUGGACA